AUGGCGCGGCGAGGUCAUUCGGCGUGGCUCCCACUCGUGGCCGUGCUUCUGUUGGCCGCCGCAGAAGCUGCCACCGACUGCCGCUCCGGCAAGUUCCCGCCGGGCCGGUCGUUCCGGCGGUGCAGCUCCCUGCCGGUGCUCGGCGCCAGCGUUUACUGGACGUACCACCCGGGGAACGGCACCGCGGACAUCGCGUACCGCGCGCCGCAGAGCAGCGGCGGCUGGGUGGCCUGGGGGAUCAACAGCCAGAGCUCCGGCAUGGUUGGCAGCGGCGUGUUCAUCGCCUCGCAGGACGGCGCCGGCGCCGUGGCCGCCCUCACCACCGUCCUGGAGAGCUACAGCCCCAGCCUGACCAACGGCAGCCUCGGGUUCGACGUGCCAGUCCCGCCCGCCGCCGAGUACGUCGGCGGCGCGUACACGAUCUACGCGACGGUGGCGCUGCCGAUGAACUCCACGGUGCAGAGCAUGGUGUGGCAGGCCGGGCCGGGCAGCACGGGGGCGAUCGGGGGGCACGCGACGUCGGGGCAGAACGUCCAGAGCAUGCAGAGCCUCGACUUCUUGUCCGGCGAGACCAUCGGGGCCUCCAACUCCACGACGCCGUAAUCACGACCACUACAUAAUUACUUUCAGAUACUGUAAUUUCAUAGUAAUUAUUUUCAGACAAGUCAGUGUCAGUGCGUUAUUUGCAUUUGUAUGUCUGGAUUCUUGAUUGAACGAAGCAGC